AUGAGUUUGAAACACGCUGAGCUGUUGAUGAAUUCCCCGAAACCGUCACAAAGCACGGUCCCGGAAAAAGCGAAGCAGAACUUCAAUGCCCGGUUGUUUUGGCCCGAUAUUAUCAGACUGCCCGAGAACCAAUGGACUUUCACUUGCAAGGAGAUUAUAGACAAGUUGAAUGCAAGCCCGGACAGUGGAGAGAUGAAAAAACUGAUGGAAAAAUGUCUGAUGUAUUUUUACAGUUUGAAGAAGACAUUGACUCUGUUUGACCAUACCUACACGGCAUCGAGCAUUCUGCUUUUCAGGUUUUGGUACAUAUACGGGCUCCCCCCCAACCUCAUGACUUGUUUGAACAUAUCCCAGGCUAUAUUGGUUACUGCCUGUAAGGCAACUGAAAAUAAUAGACCACUUGAGGCCUACGUCAAGGCCACUGCAGAUUUUAUGUUCCAAGUGCUACCUCACUUGAAGGCCAAAUAUAACAUGGACAAAUUGAAAUGGGAGGUGAGGGAUAAAGUCGUUGAAUACGAGAAGAGAGUGGUCUGCUCCUUUGGGUUUGACUUGAACAUCGAGAACCCUAAGGGGAUAAUAGAGGAGAUGUUCAGCGGAUUCUAUCGUUUCAACAGAGAUUACGAUCUGCCAGAUGACUUCAAAGCUUGCUUCCCCAAAAUUCUACAGGAGUCCAGGUCGUUCAUUGUCCAGGCGAUAACCCAGCCGGUGUCUCUGCUGUUUGAUGGGCCCACUUUUGUGAUCUUGUCCCUGAUUUAUUGCGGGUUACAGUACAAACAAAUGGUGGACAAAGAUUUCCGAUAUCCGAAGAACUUUUUCCUAGACAGAUUUGAUGUGCAUGUCAAAGCAGAAGACUUUCAAAAUUACUUCACCGAUUACAGGGUUUUGGAGGAGAAUUUCUUUGAUUUGAAAAGCAACAAGGGGAAUAAGCUCCUGAUUGGCAAAGAUGAAAUUGCAGCAAUCAUUGAGGAAACAGCACCAGAGGUGGACACGGAGGAGAAGGAGAAGGAAGAAUUUAACUAUAAAUAUUACAACAGCAUACGGUCGGGCAAGGUUCAAGAGCAGCUUCUCGACCACACAGAACUAAGAGUCAGGGAACUUAAGGACAGGAUAAUAGAGGAGAGCAAGAAGAGAUCCAGUUCUAGAGAGUCUGGGAAAACAUCGCCCUCGGGUACGAGCGAGCCACCGCAGAAGAGGGCUAAGAUAUAG